AUGACGGUCAAGGACAACAACUUUGCAACAGUGAAGGUGAAGAAGUACCAAUUGAAGAAGCUCUUGACUCUUUUAUUUCCAAAUUGUUCGGUUUAUGGGUUGAACUGGUCUGCCCCAAAUGGAAAGGAACAUUGUUUGAUGCCAGCUGCUCCUACUACUACUACUAUUAGCAGUCCAAUACCCUUUGCCAAAAUGCCCAUUUGGCUACCUGUUGAGUCUUUGCACUCUUUGCGGUCUUGUGCAUUGCAGGGUAAGGAUGGAGAUCGCCCUCACCUUGCCUGGGCUCGCCUCGCCUCCUCACUCGGGAUCCGGCUUGCUUCGCCUCCUCACUCGGGAUUCGGCUUGCUUCGCCUCCUCACUCUGGAUCCUCCUCGCCUCGCCUCCUCACUCUGGAUCACUCUCACGUCGUCUAGAUCAUUUUUCUCACCAGAUCCCCGAGCACUUGUGGUCCUUCAUCCUGUGCAUCGUCGUCCGAUCCAGUUGCUUGGUACCAUCGUUGACUCAUCUCCGGAAAAUGCCUUUGGCAGCAUGAUUACUAGUGUUACCACCAAUCUCAGCAGCAGCAGAAAGAAGGCACAAAACAAAAACAGAGGGAUUUUGUGCAUUUCAGACAAAGACAAGAAGCUAAGAAGAUAAUGGAUCGAAGAAAAAUUUUGUUGCUCUUAUUGGUGGAGUUGUGGCACCUACAAACCAUGUGUGCUUGCACUAUGCUUGUGCUACUGUUGUUUAAUUUGAG